UGAAGUCCGUCAGUGUUCAGUGGAAGUUAAGUCAUGUCUCGACUGUUGGGUUUUCAAGUGCUGCUGCUGCUGUGGGGCUACGCCUGCCUCUGGCCGUCCAGCUUUGCCUCGGCAGCUCUGCUCAUUUCCCGGGACCAUGAUCUUCCUCAGGACACAAUGAGAGCUGCCAGAUCACUGCAGAAAAGAAGUACACAUGAGGUCACGGUGGAGCUGCGCAGCGUGACAGUGGAGUGCACUGUGGCUUCUCGCUUCGCCCACACUGUCAUGACCUCCGUGGCCGUGAACAAAGCGAACGUGUCCCAGGAAAUCUUUUUCGAAGUGGAGUUACCCAAGACGGCUUUUAUCUCAAACUUCAGCAUGGAAAUUGAAGGCCAGGUGUAUGUCGGGGAAGUGAAGGAGAAAGAGAAAGCUAAGAAACAGUAUGAAAAGGCAGUUUCCUCUGGAAAGACAGCUGGACUGGUCAAGGCUUCUGGAAGAUCGAUGGAAAAGUUCUCAGUGUCUGUCAAUAUCGCAGCCAAAAGUAAUGUUACUUUCAUCUUGACAUACGAGGAGCUCCUUCAGAGAAAACUGGGCCAAUAUGAGAUUUUGACCCGAGUUAAACCAAAAACUCUGGUCCAGAACUUUCAGAUUCUGGCAAACAUCUAUGAGCCUCAGGGCCUUUCUUACGUUGAUGCCCAUGCAACCUUCCUCUCCAAUGAUCUGCUCCCCCUGGUGGAGAAAACUGUUACAGACAAAAAGGCGCACAUCUCUUUCUCACCAACAAUGGAUCAGCAGAGAAAAUGUCCAGGCUGUGACGGAACGCUCAUCGAUGGAGACUUUAUCAUCAACUAUGACGUGAACCGAGAGAAGAACCUCGGAGACAUUCAGAUUGUGAACGGAUACUUUGUGCACUUCUUUGCUCCCCCUGACCUGCCCAGAGUCCCAAAGAAUGUGGUGUUUGUAAUUGACAAGAGUGGAUCGAUGAGUGGAAGGAAGAUUAUACAGACUCGAGAGGCGUUGCUGGCCAUUCUAAAAGACCUCGACGAAGAUGACUACUUUGCCCUCAUUGAGUUUGAAAGCGAUGUAAAUGUCUGGAAGGACUCGCUUACCAAAGCAACCAAAGAAAACGUGGCUGAAGCCCAGGCCCACGUCAAUAAACUAAGAGCUGAGGGAGGUACCAACAUCAAUGAUGCAGUGCUGAAAGGAGUAGACAUGCUGAUCAAGGACAGACGAGAGAAAAUUCUCCCAGAAAGAAGCCUAGAUAUGCUUAUUUUACUGACUGAUGGAAUGCCAAAUAUGGGUGAGUCUCACAUCCCGACGAUCCAGCAGAAUGUGCGUUCUGCUAUUGGGGGAAAUAUGUCUCUGUUCUGUCUUGGAUUUGGUGAUGGAGUGGACUACUCCUUCUUGGAUGUGAUGAGCAGACAGAACAACGGACUGGCCCGCAGGAUCUUUGAGGCUUCUGAUGCAACACUUCAGCUCCAGGGUUUCUAUGAGGAAGUGUCCAGCCCUCUGCUUAGAGAGGUAGACAUCAGCUACCCCGGCAAUGCAGUGGAUUUCCUGACCACCAACCACUUCAGCCAGUUGUUUAAUGGGUCAGAGAUCGUGGUGGCUGGCCGGCUGACGGACAACAACUUGGACAACUUCCUGGUGGAAGUGUUUGGCCAGGGGUUUGAAGGAGACUUCACAGUACAGGGCCAAGCCAGCGCUGAAGACUGGGGCGUGAUUUACCCGGACGAGGAGUACAUCUUUGGAGACUUCACUGAGCGUCUAUGGGCCUACCUCACCAUCCAGCAAUUACUGCAGAAGAGCAAGAGUGGUGCCCCCGAAGAGAAAACAAAUGCCACAGCCAAGGCCCUGGACAUGUCCCUCGAAUACAGCUUUGUGACUCCCCUCACCUCCAUGGUGGUCAUCAAGCCGGAGACUGAGGACGGACCAGACAGUCCUCUCAUUGCUGACAAGCUUACGGAGGAGCAAAGACAACAGGGAGAGAUGUAUAGACCAGUUCCAGUUCCAGUUCAAUAUUCAACAGCAGGGGGAAGUUACUCGUCACCGCCGACAUAUUUUGUGGAUGGAGAUCCUCAUUUCAUGAUAGAGCUCCCUGACAAACAAGACGCUCUGUGCUUCAACAUCAACGUCAAACCAGGAACCAUCUUCAAUCUGGUUAGGGACCCAGAAUCAGGUAUUCUGGUCAAUGGCCAGAUCAUUGGAGACAAGAAGAUUCCCCCCAGUGGGCAAAGGAACACCUACUUUGGGCGUUUUGGCAUCGUCCACCAGACUCUAGGGAUCAAGCUGGAGGUGAGCACUAAGGACAUCUCUGUGUCCCAGGACGGCAAGCAGGUCAGGCUGCUGUGGUCUGAUGCAGCCUCUCUGAAAGGAACCAAUAUGGAUCUUCACGUGACCAAGGAUCGCAGCCUAACAGUAACCCUGAAAGGUUCUGUUAAGUUUGUGAUCCUGCUACACAAAGUGUGGGAGAAGCACCCGUACCAUCGGGACUACUUGGGCUUCUACACCCUGGACAGCCACCUCCUGUCCUCUUCUGUUCACGGCCUGCUAGGUCAGUUCUAUCAUGAGAUCGCGUAUGAGGUGACGGACAUGCGUCCUGGGCGGGUCCCAGAGAAACCAGACGCCACCAUGUAUGUGAAAGGACAACAGCUGAACGUGACCAGAGGCUGGCAAAGAGACUUCAGGAGGGACAUGAAGAAAGGAGAAAAUGUUCCCUGCUGGUUCGUUCACAAUAACGGAACAGGUCUCGUGGACGGAGAUGUAACCAGCUACGUUGUGUCUGGCCUUUUUAAAACAGUUUAAAAACUGGGUGCACAUCAAGUUCAUGAAAUAAAUACUCAAAUCUACGUGUUCUUACAACACAUAUACGCAUGUACACAUAGUUGUAUGGGCAAUCAAAAUUGUGAUGAAAUUAUAAGAAUGGGAAAUGACAUUAUGACGCAACAGUGAGACACACUUGGAGACUGUCUCAGUGAUAGCUUGUAUUGGAAAAUAUGGGACCUGUUUCUCAGAAAUGGAUAACUCCAUGCCAGCUUUUCAUGGAUUCCAACCUUUAGUAUCACAGAAACUAAUUUCUAACUAUUUGACUGAUCUAUCAGUGACACACCUUGUCUGUUUAAUCUUGGAUUAAGUGUCUGCCAUCGUCAGGGUUUGGGAAGAUGUAAAGUGGCACCCAGAAUGUUUCCAAACGGUUGAAGUUGGAUGAAAAUCUCAAAUGUAGUUCACGUGAAAUCUGCUGUAUUUCUCCUGUAACACGUGAAACCUAAUAAAUGAUAACUUGGUUGUGAAUAA